GCAGGGGCAGGAGAGCGCCAUGGCGGCGGCUGUGGCGGCGGCAUCCGGUCCCCGCGCCGCGGCGAGGUGAGGGGCCGCCUCUUCUCCGUCGCUGAGGAGGCCGCAGCUGCCCGCCUGCCUUCCACGCGGGCCGCGGCUCCGGCAUGGCCGGGCUCAUUAAGAAGCAGAUCCUGAAGCACCUGUCCCGGUUCACCAAGAAUCUUUCCCCGGACAAAAUUAACUUGAGCACCCUGAAAGGGGAGGGUCAGCUGACCAACCUGGAGCUGGAUGAAGAGGUUCUCCAGAAUGUGCUGGAGCUUCCCACCUGGUUAGCCAUCACUCGGGUCUACUGCAACAGGGCCUCCAUCCGGAUCCAAUGGACAAAGUUGAAGACACACCCAAUUUGCUUGUGUCUGGACAAGGUAGAAGUGGAGAUGAAGACAUGUGAGGAACCUCGGCACCCCAAUGGGCAGUCUCCCAUCGCCCUCGCUUCAGGACAGAGUGAGUAUGGCUUUGCCGAGAAGGUGGUGGAGGGGAUGUUCAUCAUCGUCAAUUCCAUCACCAUCAAGAUUCACUCCAAGGCCUUCCACGCUUCUUUUGAGUUGUGGCAGCUCCAGGGCUAUAGUGUCAACCCCAACUGGCAGCAGAGUGACCUCCGCCUCACCCGCAUCACUGACCCCCGUCGAGGAGAGGUUUUAACAUUUAAGGAGAUCACUUGGCAAACACUUCGAAUUGAGGCAGAUGCUACAGACAAUGGUGAUCAGGACCCAGUCACCACUCCACUGAGGCUUAUUACCAACCAAGGCAGGAUCCAAAUAGCUCUCAAGAGAAGAACCAAAGAUUGCAAUGUGAUAGCCUCCAAGCUGAUGUUCCUGUUGGAUGACCUGCUCUGGGUGCUGACUGACUCACAGCUCAAGGCUAUGAUGAAAUACGCAGAGUCACUGAGUGAGGCCAUGGAGAAGUCAGCCCAGCAGAGAAAGAGCCUGGCCCCUGAACCUGCACAGAUCACCCCACCCGCUCCCAGUGCCCAGCAGUCCUGGGCCCCGGCGUUUGCUGGCAGCCAGGGGAGCAGCAGCAGCAGCAGCAGCAGCCGCCUCAGCCAGUACUUUGAGAAAUUUGAUGUGAAAGAGUCCUCCUACCAUCUGCUCGUCUCCCGCCUGGACCUGCACAUUUGUGAUGACAGCCAGUCCCGAGAGCCAGGUGUCUCUGCAAACAGACUCAUGGGUGGUGCAAUGCAGCUUACUUUCCGCAAGAUGGCAUUUGACUAUUACCCCUUCCACUCGGCAGGUGAUAACUGCAAACAUUGGGUACGUCACUGUGAGGCCAUGGAGACCCGAGGCCAGUGGGCCCAGAAGCUGGUGAUGGAAUUUCAGAGUAAAGUGGAGAAGUGGCAUGAGGAGACAGGUCUGAAACCACCCUGGUACCUGGGGGUAGACUCUCCCUUCCGGAGGAAAGCAGAUUCUCUCUCCAGUCCUCGAAAGAUCCCCCUUGAGAGAAGCCCCUCUCAGGGCCAACAGGCUGUCUUUCGGCCCCCCGCAUGGAAUCGCUUGCGUUCCAGCUGCUUGGUUAUCCGCGUGGAUGACUUGGACAUCCACCAGGUUUCUACCGCCGGACAGCCAAGUAAGAAGCCAUCUACCCUUCUCUCCUGCAGUCGGAAGCUUCACAACCUGCCCACUCAGGUCUCGGCCGUCCACAUCGAGUUCACGGAGUACUACUUCCCAGAUAAUCAGGAGCUUCCAGUUCCCUGUCCCAACCUCUACAUUCAGUUAAACGGUCUGACAUUUACGGUGGAUCCUGUCAGCUUGCUCUGGGGAAACCUCUUCUGCCUGGAUUUAUACCACAGCUUGGAGCAGUUCAAAGCUAUCUACAAACUGGAAGAUCCAAGCCAGAAGGAUGAACACGUGGACAUUCGACUGGAUGCUUUCUGGUUGAAGGUAAGCUUCCCGCUGGAGAAGAGAGAGCAGGCUGGGUUGCAUCGUCCCCAGGCCCUUGUCUUCUCUGCCUCAGGCAUGACUGCCACCAAUACACGUCAUGCCCCACACUGUAGCUGUCCAGACCUCCAGAGUCUUUUCCGGGGUUUUGCUGCUGCUGAGUUCUUUCAUUCCAAUUAUGUUCAGUUUCCCAAGGUUCCAGGCGGCUUUAGCCUUCUGCACAUGCUUUUUUUGCAUCAUGCUUUCCAGGUGGAUUCCCACCUCCCUCAGUCUAGUACCCUCCCUCCCCAGAGGCUCAAGGCCUCCCAGGAUCUCUGGUCCGUCUACUUCACCCAGAUCUCCUUGGACUUUGAGGGAACAGAGAACUUCAAAGGCCAUACCUUGAAUUUUGUGGCCCCUUUCCCCUUGUCCAUUUGGGCCUGCCUACCCCUCCGCUGGCAGCAAGCCCAGGCACGGAAGCUCCUUCUGGCCACAGAAGGGAGGCUGAAACCAUCAGCCAGCUUUGGCAGUCCUGUCCAUUCUGAGGCCUUUGCCCCUGACACUGGGUCCCAUCAGAGGUCAAAGACCGAGCAUGAUUUGAAAAGCCUCUCAGGCCUUACAGAAGUCAUGGAGAUUCUGAAAGAAGGCGACACUGGUGUGGACAACAAAGGGCCUCUGCCAGAGCUGGAGGAUACAGCGGACGUGCAUGUGCUUGUACACUCCCCGGCACACGUGCGUGUGCGGCUUGACCACUACCAGUACUUGGCUCUCCUCCGGCUGAAAGAGGUGCUACAGGGUCUGCAGGAGCAGCUGACUAAGGAUACAGAGGCUAUGACUGGGUCUUCCCUGCAGGACCAGACAGCUUGCAUUGGGGUCCUCUUCCCCAGUGCCGAGGUGGCUCUGCUCAUGCAUCCUGCCCCUGGGACCGUGGAAGCUGACUCUGAGGGUUCAGACACUACCAGCCUCAUAGAUUCGGAGCUGUCUCCUUCGGAGGAUAGGGAGCCGAAGUCUGACGCCUCCUCCGAACAGAGCCCAGCAAGCCCUGAGAAGGUUCUGGAGGAUAGUGGCGUGGAUAAUCCGGAUGCAUCCCAGGAUAGGCCACUGCCUCUCCAUAGCAGUGGAGAAAUGCAAGACUCAGAUGCUCUUGCACAGCAGGAGGCAGGGAAGGGCCAUGAGGCCGUCGAUUCCUUAGAGGCCAAGAAACUGAGCAGAACCCAAAUGCCUAGCUCCCCAGCUCCAUUGAAGCCCCCAGGUGGCAGGGACACUGCUGUGAAUGGACAGAGUGAGCUCAUCCCCUUGAAGAACAUCGAGGGGGAGCUGUCCAGUGCUAUUCACAUAACCAAGGAUGCCACCAAGGAGGCGCUGCAUGCCACCAUGGACCUCACCAAGGAAGCCGUGUCCCUGACAAAGGAUGCUUUCAGUCUGGGCCGCGACCGAAUGACCUCCACUGUGCACAGGAUGCUGUCUCUGCCUCCAGCCAAGGAGCCCGUGGCCAAGAUAGAUGAGGGGGUGGCAGCCCCAGUAAGUGGAGGUGCAGCCCGACUCCGAUUUUUCUCCAUGAAGAGGACAGUAUCUCAGCAGUCAUUUGAUGGUGUCUCAUUGGAUAACAGUGGCCCUGAAGACCGGAUUUCUGUGGAUAGUGAUGGCAGUGAGAGCUUUGUGAUGCUCUUAGAGUCUGAGUCUGGUCCAGAAUCUCUUCCAUCAGGGUCUCUGCCAAAUGUCGUAGACAGUGCUGGUGUUCAAGGGAGCCCUGUUGUGGAUAGUUAUGGCCAGGCGUCACCAGAGGCCAACAGUUCCGUCUCACCCAGUGGGGAGGACCUCAAUCUUCACCUGGUCUCAGUUCUGGUCCUGAAGGUGAGUGCGGUGUCUUUGGGGAUUGAACUACGUGGUGAGGACCUGACCGUGGCCCUGCAGGCAGAGGAGCUGACCCUCCAGCAGCUGGGCACCGUGGGACUCUGGCAGUUCCUGCAUGGACAGUGCCCAGGCACAAGCUUUCAAGAAUCCUCAACUUUGAAGACUGACUACAUCAGGCCAGCUGUGGGCCUUCGCUUUGAGGUGGGCCCUGGUGCAGCUGUUCAUUCUCUGCUGGCUGCACAGAAUGGCUUCCUGCAUUUCUUGCUCCGUGGCUGUGACCUUGAGCUGCUCACUUCGGUGCUCAAUGGCCUGGGGCCUUUCUUGGAGGACGAGGAGACCCCAGUGGUAGUUCCCAUGAAGAUUGAGCUCCUGAACUCCAGGAUUACUCUAAAGGAUGAUAUCCCCCCCAUCUAUCCGACAUCUCCAGGCCCUGUCCCCAUCACUCUGGCCAUGGAGCAUGUCGUGCUGAAGCGCAGUGAUGAUGGUGUGUUCCACAUCAGUGCUGCUGCUCAGGACAGACCAUCAGCUGAAGUACUGAAAAGCGAGAAGAGGCAGCCCCCCAAAGAACAGGUGAAAGAACUGCCUACCCUACAAAAGGAACUUAUAGAAACUAAACAAGCAUUGGCUCAGGCCAACCAGGAUAAAGAAAAACUUCUUCAGGAGAUUAGGAAAUAUAACCCCCUCUUUGAGCUCUGACAGCAGAGGCUCAGACAUCUGUGCUGCGGAGAGAGGAGGAGAUCACCAGCAGUCGCACCACCCGCGACAGGCGCCGACCAGUGUUGGACAGGUCGGCAGAGGAGGCUCACCGCUUUUGGCGGUGUCCUCUCUACAGCUGUGCUGACUUGUGUGGGAGACAGGGUGAAGCAUGACCACCUUUCCGGAAGUUGGGGGCAGCUUUGUGUGUGGCUCAAGCAUCACGUCUUGCCUGUAUAAAGCCUUUUGGCCCUCUGUGCACUGGGUGGCAUCUUCUCAACACUGUAGGGUCAUUUCACCGCCUGGUUCCAUGGCAGAGACAUUUGCUUCCUCCACAACCUGUACAAACAGGACAGAGUAGCCAUCUCCCCAGUCACCCACAGAGCCACCAAAGAUGCUGUGUCCCAGAGCCUCCUGUAAGUGGACUGAGAAGUCCUUGGCCUGAGCUGCGGCCACGGUGGUAGAAAGGAACAGGAAAUAGCCAGCAGGGUGGGAGCCAGGGGAGGGACGAGAAUAAGUGAGACAUGGAUUCUGCCUUUUUUGGAAAGGAAACCAAGCUCAUACGGUCUUGGCUGAAUUACAAUCAGAUUUUCCAGGGUUAAGCUUCCUUUCUGUGAUACUUUCAUCCUUGCGAUGCUGCGGUAGGAAGUAAACAGCAGUAGCGGCUCACUUAUAUCAUCCUUCCCAUCGUCGGUAACACAGCCUGUUUGUAAUCUCGGUCAAGGAAAAUAUUCACUCUGAGUUAGGCUGGAGGCAUGAUGUGAUGGGGUCCACAGGGAGCUUGGUGCUGGGCCCCCCGUUCCUGCCGAGUCCUCUCUGUCUUCCACAGCUGCACCCCAGAGUUCAUUUCCCAUCUCCCUGGGCUCCCUGGCACAUCUGCUUCCCCAGCGCUGUGAGUUUCUACCAGCAUUGUCCUUAGCACUUGGUGGUUUGGGAGCUGAAAAUAUGUUUUAAACUGUAACAUAAACAUCUCGGCCUGCUGCCUCUCAUCCCUCUCUAUCACUGUGGCUCUUUAAAAUUGUGUUAUUUUGACUCAAGUCAAACAAAACAAAACAAACCCUUCAACCCAGCUACGUUUUUGCCCCUGCCUGAUAAAAGAGGUAUUUUCCCCCUUUUUCCUUCCUACUUAAUUCUUUCCCAGCACUCUGUCUUCAUUCUUACUGCUCUGCGAUAUGCUCCAAGCUGUGUUAAUUGGACAGAAGCUCAUCAGCUGACUCACCUUGAGUUGGCAAGAUGGUAAAGUAGUGUCACUAAAGCCUUAAUCACACACGACCUGUUAGAGGAAAGAUAAAAUGGUUUCUUUCCUUUAUGGGAAAUCACACCUGACUUGUAUGUUCUAGUUUUUUGAGGAUAAAAAGAAACAUGCAUUCAAGAAGGAACAAGAUCUAAUUUGCUCAGACUUAAAGAAUUUUUGUCAUCGUUCUUCACUGAGGCAACUUUUAAAAACACCAAUUACUAUGAGAUUAUGGGAAUAUUCUGUCAGGCUUAGGAAACAACUUAGAGACUUAAGAAUAAACAUCUUUCUAGAGAGGAUAUUAACAGGGUAAUUUCCUAGAGGUUGAUACUUGGUUUAACCUUAUUUAAGAACUUUAUAAAUAACCUGAAAGUAGGAUAUUACUAUGCAAAUCAAAUGUCACUACUUCCAGGCAUUGAAAAAUAAACCAGAAGAGAUUUAAAAAA